AUGCAGCGGGCUCCGGAGCGCCGCCGUGGCGCCGGGCCGCUCCUGCUGCUGGCGCUGGUCGCAUUGGUGGCCGCGCCGAGGCUCGUGCGCGCGGUCACCGACGCUGCUGAUGUCUCUGCCAUAAACGGACUGUACAUUUCACUGGGAUCACCACCUCUUCCUGGAUGGACUGGAAAUGGUGGAGACCCCUGUGGUGAGAGCUGGCAGGGUGUUGUGUGUACCGGCUCUUCCAUAACUGGAAUAACCAUGAAUGCUGCAAACUUGGGAGGACAGCUGGGAAGUUUAGGAAACUUCACUUCCAUCACCAGCAUAGAGCUUAGCAACAAUAAUAUUGGUGGAACCAUACCGGAGGACCUACCUGUUACAUUGCAGAGUCUUUUCCUCUCUGCUAAUCAACUUACUGGAAGCAUCCCAAGUUCACUGUCAAAACUCGAAAACUUGACAGCCAUGUCAGUCAACGGCAACAGUCUAAAUGGAGACCUACCAGACGCUUUUGAUUCACUCAGUAGACUUGGAUAUUUUUUCGAACAACUUGACUGGCGUGUUACCAUCUUCAAUGAAAAGCUUGGCAUCUUUGACUUCAUUAUUGUUGGCUCUGUUCUUGCCGGAGUAGUGCUGUUUAUUAUCAUAGUCCUCCUAGUAUUAUUUUGUCUAUCCAAGUACGAAGAGAGACAGUCAAGAUAUGAUCAUAAUAGAAGUCAGCUGGCAAGGGUGCAUCAUAGGGUUGAACCACAAAUCAAGACACCUCCAGUGCAACAAAGCAAUGAUGUUAAAAAAGGUCCAGGUGAGGCACUUGAUAGGAGGGGCCAUGAACUAAAUUCAUCCGCGGCAGCUCUCCCAAAGAAGUCUCCCGAAAACCAAAAGGAGCACAUAAUUAACUUUGAUCGAACAGAUUCAGAUCUGUUUCCUGUUUCUCUACCACCACCCCCUCCUCCACCGCCAUUACCCCCAAUUGAAAGAGUUGUUGCAAAUCCCAUUGUUCCACCAGAAAAGCGACAUAGUCCUCCAACAAAGACAAGUAGCCCGACUUCUGCCACACCAUUCUCUGUUGCAUCUCUUCAGCAAUAUACAAAUAGUUUCAGAGAGGAGAAUGUGAUAAGAGAGAGUAGAUUAGGAAGGGUUUACCUAGCAGAACUUCCUGAUGGCAAGUUAUUAGAGGUUAUGAAGAUUGACAACGCUAAUGGAAGAAUAUCAGUAGAUGACUUCCUAGAACAGGUUGAAUGUAUCUCAGAUAUCAAACAUCCUAACAUUCUUGAGUUAGUCGGAUACUGUGCUGAAUAUGGGCAGAGGUUACUCGUGUAUAAUCACUUCAGCAGAAUGACACUAGAUGAUGCCCUUCAUGAUGGAGAGGAUACUGAAAGUGCACUGUCAUGGAGUGCCCGCCUCCAGGUUGCUCUUGGUUCAGGAAAAGCCUUAGAGUAUCUCCAUCAUAACUUCGAACCUCCAAUUGUGCACCAGAAUUUUGAACCAGCUAAUGUGCUCCUUGAUAAAAAGUUUUCAGUGUGUGUUGCUGAAUGUGGACUGGCAGAAUUGAUGCCAUCAAGUUCAGUCACUCAGCUGUCAGGUCGGAUGCGUGCAUUACUGAACUACGAAGCACCUGAGUUCCAGGAUUCUGGGGUCGUUUCAGAAAGGGGUGAUGUCUACAGCUUUGGUGUAGUGAUGCUGGAACUUCUUACUGGGCGUAAACCAUAUGAUAGUUCACGCCCGCGUCAUGAGCAACAUCUUGUUAGAUGGGCCAGUUGUCAGCUUCAUGACAUUGAAUCCCUGUCCAAGAUGGUGGACCCAUCUAUACGUGGACAGUGUUCUGAGAAAGAAUUGUCACGUUUUGCUGACAUAAUCAGCCGCUGUAUCCAGCGGCAGCCAGAGUUCAGGCCACCAAUGUCUGAAAUUGUACAAGACCUAGCUAGACUUGUAAAUGCUACUGGUGAGGAAUCAGAGUAA